AUAAACUAAGAUUUAUAGUUUGUCAAUUUGAUUUUAGUUGUGGUUUUCUUCAUCCUCGUCCUUUAAACGCAAUCCUUAAACCCUUUCUCUGUCUCAAACUGUUUCCCUCUCACUUUCCACCGUGUUUCUUCUUCUUCUGAGCUCACUUCCUUUCGGAACUCUCCGUUCAAAAUCCUCUCUUCCACUUCUCCACACUAUCACCACCUUCCAAAACCAUUUCAUUGAAAAGCAACAAAUCUUUUUUCUGUUUCUGCUUGUAUUUCUUCUUCUUCGACGACUGAUACUAUCCCCAUAUAAUCACAACAAAAGCAACAACAACCAUCAGUACCCUUCAAAGAAACUCUCAGUUGGAUUGCCCGUACUGGGCUUUAUGGUGAAUUGUCCGUUAACCAUGUGGGUAAAUGGUUCCUCUUUUGUGGGUGGGUUGCUCUUCAUAGAGUCCACGUUGGUCUCACUUUCCUUAAUAUUUUGAAGAAGAGUGCGCAGUUCAAAUUAUUGGAUAUUGUUAACUAUAUGUAUUUGCUUAUAAGUUCAAUUCUUUUCUUUUCUUUAAUUAUUGUUUAUAUAUAUAUAUAUAUAGUAAGACGGAUUGAGACACAAUCCCAUUUAAUUGGUGUUGUUAAUUUUAUGUGUUUGUUUGUUAAGUUUAGGCCUUUCUGCUUUUUGUUUGUUUGUUAUAAUGAUAUGGUGGAAUUUUUCAGGUUACUACCCUUCCUAAUGAGUUUCCCAAUGCCCAUACGACUAUAAAUGAUUUGAGGUAGGAGUAUGUGGUAGCUGUUGAAGGUAGGAGUAUGUUCGGUCCCGGCCUACUGAGUCUGUUAAUAAGAAAAUGAAAACUGGUUUAGUUGAGCUCGCUGCAGAUAAUGUUCAAAUACUGAAUGCAGUGAGAUCGAAGUUACCAUUUUUAGUUACUACGGCAGAUGACGCUAAAGAUUCUGUCAAAUAGGAGAUUCAUCUGAGGUAGAUCGAGACUCCAAUACUUUCUAGAUCUACUCCAGAAGGUGCUCGAGAUUAUUUGGUCCCCUCGAGAGUUCAGUGUCAAGUUUGGAUCCAAUGAAGAAGGAAGAGCUACUGAGGCGAUGUUCUGCAGGACCAGGCGAUCUCAUAUUGUUUGCAGUGGGUCAUUAUGCAUCAGUUAAUAAAACUUUGGACCGACUUAGGAUGUUUAUAGCCAAUGAGAUUUGCUUGAUUCACCAUUCCAGACAUUCAAUUCUAUGGGUGACUGAUUUCCUGAUGUUUGAGUGGAAUGAUACAGAGCAGAGGCUUGAGGCCUUACAUCAUCCAUUUACGGCACCUAAUCCUGAAGAUAUGGAAGACCUUUCUUCUGCUAGAGCCCUUGCUUAGGACAUGGUUUACAAUGGGGUUGAGAUUGGUGGAGGAAGUUUGAGAAUUUAUAAGCGUGAAAUUCAACAAAAGGUUUUGGAAAUUGUUGGCAUCUCCGCUGAACAGGCUGAAGAAAAGUUUGGAUAUCUUUUAGAGGCUUUAGACAUGGGUGCUCCACCUCACGGGGGAAUUGCAUAUGGGUUGGAUAGAUUGGUUAUGUUGUUGGCUGAUGCUAAUUCUAUCAGGGAUGUCAUAGCUUUCCCCAAGACAACAACCGCCCAAUGUGCUCUUACUCGUGCUCCAUCGGAGGUUGGUCCGCAACAGCUGAAAGAUCUAUCUUUCAAUGCUUAAUAGUAUUCUGUGCACUGGGUUGCUUCAGUUACCAUUUUGGCAGUCUGCAUGAUUCCAGUUUUGCAUAAUCAGGGAAUUAUUUAUGUAUAUUGUGGAAUCAUGUUUUAUUAUUUUCUUAUACCCUCUUUAAGAUUGAAUCAUUAUUGAACCAGACAUUUUUUGCAUUA